UGCAUGGUACCCCUCUGGCCUCUUCCCGUCUUUGCUAGUUAUCAGUAUGAUAAUACUGCAUCACUACAUCUCAGCGUAUAUAUCUUGCAGUUGAGCGAUGAUAUUUGAUUGAUGAACAACAUGAAUAAUCAAUGCAACCGAAAGCGCUCAACAACUGGCCGAGGCCGAGAUCUCGGCAACACAGGAAUACAACGUAGAUUUCCUUCGUGCAUAAUCAUUGUUGUGCGUUAACGUCGCUAUACACUAAAACGCCUGAAGUCUCGUAAUAUUCAGAGUUUAGCGCCUGGAACAAUCCUUUGCUAAAUGUAGCAUAUCCCACGCACUCCUACGGUUUCACUUAUUCGAUAUUUACAAGCGACACUUUAAGAUCCACCUGGCAUCGGAGUCAUCAACCACUGUUACGCAUCCAAAUGCAUGGAAAAGGAAAUAAUUUUUUGCACAUGGCUGGACGACUGCCAUUAAUUUUAUUUAGCUAGUGCUUUCUAUAUUCAUGAUAUUCACUGAUUACUAUUUUCAAUCUUCAAAGAGAUCUGUAGCGGUGAGGUGCCUCAUAUUAAAUUUCUGUUGUAUCUCAGUGUCAGCUACAGUAUUGGUGGCCAUUUUCGCAGCUUCGUUCACCGUGUUCAUAUUUCUCGUCGUGGGGUUUUAUCAUUACUGUCGACGUCGUAAACAGUCUCCAUUUCCUACGAAUCCAAAUCGAUCUUACGUAACCAAGAGUUAUUACACAAAAGCAAACAGACCCGUCAGUAGUCCAGAGAGUCUAUCGUCGCCAGACUUUCCAUCGGACUACGCGCCGUCAAUGUCAUCUCUCCACCCGUCCCCGUCCUUUUCAUCACAAUCUAUAUCAUCGCUUGAGCGUAAGCAAACCAUCAAAACUAGAACAUACUCUGGAAGUACAGGUAGCAUGAUAGACCCAACGACACUGAAUAAGGAAUGCUACUCAGAAGAUGGCUGCGAAAGCACAUGUGCCACUGAGGAAGAAACCUCUCCUAGGCUUAGCGAACCUGGAGCGCUAGGGGAACUCGAUUUCACCGUCGAAUACAACUCUGCAAGACAGACCUUCCUUGUGACUAUCCAUAAGGCAUGUAAUUUACCUAAGCGAGAUCCGUUGGCAUCUGGUUGUACUUCAGAUCCCUACGUUAAGCUUUAUCUUCUACCAGAAAAGAAGCAUAAAGUGAAGACAAGGGUGAUGAGAAAAACUUCGGAUCCUGUGUACGAAGAAACUUUUUCAUUUUUCAACCUGGAGUACUACCAGCUUCAAGGAAUCACCCUGCAUUUCGUAGUAAUGAGCUUCGAUCGCUUCUCACGUGACCAGUUAAUUGGCGAGGUCGUUGUCUCUACGGCAAAUGUAGAUCUUGGGCAAGGUCCAGUGCACAUGACGAAAGAAAUAACACCAAGAAAACCAAGGGUAGCCAAGAGUCAAGGACGUGGCGAGUUAUUGGUAUCCCUAGGCUACCAGCCAGCAUUAAAUAAACUUACUGUCGUCGUGCUGAAAGCUAAAAAUUUACCAAAGAUGGAUGUUACUGGACUAUCUGAUCCAUAUGUGAAGAUCUACCUGAUGUAUGGAACGCAGCGUUUGGCAAAAAAGAAGACCCGGUUAAAGAAGAGAACACUGAACCCCGUUUUCAACGAAUCAUUCAUGUUCGAUGUUCCAAUCGAUGGGCUCGAGAAUGUCCACUUAGAAUUUCAUGUACUUGAUCAUGAUCGUGUCACUAAAAAUGAAAUUAUCGGGCGGCUGGACAUCGGCAAAAAUGCUAAUGAGCUAGAGGCUAAACAUUGGGAUGAUAUAGUCCAGAAUCCACGGCGACAAUUUGCAGAAUGGCACGCCCUCAAAGCAUGAAUAAUAUUAACUGGCUAUCAACUGCCUGUGUUUGUUGUAUUAUGUGUGAGAAUUCGGCUAUCCAAUUAUAAAUUAUGUAACCAGUCUUCAUUAGAUAAUGUUAUAUUGUACUCAUUUGUAUAACCUUGUCAUAUGACGUCAAUAACAUGACAAUAAUAAUGUAAGAAUUUAAAUUCCGUUGUUCAGCGAUCUAUUUGGAUAUAUAUCCCCAUCAUGCCAUUAAUGCUGAAAUGAUUAUUAUAUACGAAUAAUGGACAUAUUUUUACAUCUAUAUACUUCAAUACAAACAUGUGUAUCCUGAAGUCUUGAAAUAGGCCUACUGUCAUGUAUCUUUUUCAAAAGCAUUGUGUGUCUUUACAAGUCAUGGUUGAAUUUAGCGGCGUUACCAUAACAUAACUGCAGAAAACCAAAUAGUCGAGUGAUUACUUUCUAUACAAUGUGUAGGUGUGAUUUUAGUUCCGGACGAGGAACUAGAAAAGAUGAGUCGAUGUGGUUGUUGGCGGUGAUUAUAUUUGGCCUUGAGAAAUUAAGCAUUCUUCCCUUGGGUAUUCAGGUUACUACCAGAGGGCUGUGCCACCGAGAGGGUGAAUGGGGCAAGAUCCCCGGGGACCAAGCGUACCAGGGGGCCAUAGAAAUUGCAGGUAGCAUUUGUUUUCAAUAUUUUUUCAAAAAUAAUAAUUACUAUCAGGGCCCUCAAUAAUGGCAUAGGUUCCCUAAUAAAUGGGGCCCUCCAGGUUAACAGCCCUCCCCCCCCCCAAAAAAAAACAAUGGUUUGCGCUCUUGGCGCAAACUUUCUCGCUCUUCGCGCUCCUAACUGGGGGCCCACACCAAACCUUGCCCCUGUUAAAGUUUCCCCUUUGGCGGCCCUGCUUGCGGGUAAACAUUUACCCGCAAACAGGUAUUUUCUUGCUACGUCUUUUUUCUAAUUAAAACCCGUUUGUGAGUUUGGGUAGUUAAUCGAUUUGAUACAUAUGCGGAUGGGGGAUACAUCUUAAUAUUGGGAAUUAAUAAUGCUUGAGAGGUUCAUUACAUCUAAGUUCAAUAAUAUUUUUAGUCCUGUCAGUAUAUCUUCCUCGAGUUCAUCUACGUAUGUGCCUUUUUGAAUGGUAAAGAAAAUAUUGUUUUUUAUUUCAUGGUUGUCACUGUAUUCUCCAAAAUACAAUAGAUAAGAAUAGAUAAGGCUCAGUAGUUGCUACCCUAUUAUGUGUCAGCCUAUUUGUACUGAUCUAACAACCCCCACCCCCUUGCUAAGAGAUAGAGAAGUUUGUGGUUUCCAACUUGACCCACCCCCACAAGGCCUAUAGUUCUUCUGAAAACAUCUAAUGAACCGCUGAUGAGUAUGUAGAUCAGGACACCCUUUUUGGCUAUAAUUGCAUGAAUAUUAGGCCUCCAAAUGCUUUUUACUUAGGGUUGAGUCGGUAGUAGUUUAAUAAGAUGGCAAUACAUUAGUAGAGGUGGAUAAUUUUCCAACAGUAUGAGCAGAAUUUCCUCAACUGGGGUUUAAAAUUCUUUCAUAGGGUAAACUAUUUUUAAUGGAGGGUUUCCUAACAGGGAUGAUAAAUGUCUUGACUGGAUUGAAAUUUGUGUUGGGAUUUAUAUCUAGAUUGGUAGGAAUUUUAAGGAAACGAUGAAAGGUAAAUGGUGUGUUGCUUGUUAUUGAUACCUUCAUAAUUUGUUUUAAGCUGUUAUUUUCUUUUUCGUUUUUGCUCUACACUCCCACUUUAAAAAGUUGCAGCUGCAGAAGAUAGAUCAUUAUUUUAGUAAGUACAUUAACAUUACUUAAAUAUCAUAUCUAAUGUGGUGGGUUUUCUGAGGAAACUUAAUGAUUAUUAUUUUGAAAUACGAUUUCAGUGGUGCUACAUUAUAGGCCUUAUGCGUUUCUUAUGUUGACGUUAACCGUAAUUCAUGCUGCGUUGACGCCUGCGUUACUAUAGAGGGCGACAUACUGUUUUAUCACAAACCCUCCCGAAAGAUACGUCGCCUACACGACGCGAUACGACAAACGACUCGAAGGAAAAAUUAACGUGCUCGCACAUGUCAUUUUUCCAGACUUGGAAAAAUAAUAAUGUCAAUUUUUGUUUGCCAAGUUUAACCAAGCUGACACGCAAAUGAAACAAUAACUCGUUCAUUUUACCUACAGUAACUGUGAUAAUAAUACGAAUUUAUAAGCAUGCGUGUUACUAUUAAAUUAGAUAAUGCGCACAAACCAAGAAAAGGAAAACAUCUGCUCAAGGCCCAAAAAAUGAUCAAUAAUUAGCCUAGUACGUAUGGCCAUUGAACACGUUUUUGGUGAUUAAGUUAAUUUUUGACUUCAGGCCACUUAAACGAUCAAACAGGGAGAGUCUCAGAGGGUUUUUUCGAGGACGUAACAGAACUAUAGGCAUUCUGGCCCAGUUUGGUCAAAUUGUGAAUACAAAUUAAGGUUAUUAUAUUGAAAUUAGAUUCAGUGGAUUUUAAAUAAUGAUUAUUGUAUUAUUUAAGUCCAAACAACAGACUACCAUCAAUUUCUGAAUUAAACUGAAAUAUCGAUCUUAUACUGAUGGUGAUUUCAAGAACAGUAUUACUCGCAAGUUUUAAGUUGGUCGUACAAUGUAUUUGGUCGUCUCGUCCUGUUGCAAUGCGUCGCUUCGUUUGUCGUAAGUCGCGUUGUAGUGAGUGGGCCUUUGAAUAAUCGUCUUGUGAUGUUCAAUAUCAAUAGAGUGAUUCAAUUCGACAUUUAUAUGAAUUAAUCACAAUGUAGUACUAUUAUUACUGCUAUUGUUAUUAUUAUUAUUAAUAUUCUUUAUCAUCAAUAUUAUUAUUGUUAUUAUUAAUAAUAUAUUAAUAUUAUCAUCAUCAUUAAACUAAAAAUGAGGAUUUCAGCUUCUAGAAGUUUGAAUCUUGUGUAUAAUAGUAUUGUUACGAGUGAAUAAAUACGGCUUUUAAUGUUGAUUAAUGUUUUAAAACUGGGAGUUUACCACGAAUAUGAUUAUAAUGAUAAUCAAAUUUAGUUUGCUAUUCUUUGUAUCAUUGGUGUUAAAGCUGUAUUGUCCCCUGGGAAAAAAAUCAUAAAAAUGAUUUUGAAGUUAACGUGCUAAUUUUGCAUUAACAUACAAAUUAUAAACUUGAGCAUAGACAUUAGUGAAUUACAAAAAAAUACGUACACUGAUUUUUAUACUGGGUAAUGAUGAAAAAAAAAAGUUGAAACACACCAGUGACUUCGCUGUAACAUUAUGGGUGAACAUUUUUAGAUACACUAAUAUCUAUGUUCAAGUUGAUAAUUGUUAUGUUACUUCAAAAUGAGCAAGUUAAUUACAAAUAUUAUUUUUCAGAUAUUUUUGGUAAAUUUGGUCCCACCAUUCCCACCAUAUUGGGUUCUGUCACCCCAGCUGUCACAAAAUGACACUCUUAGGCGAGUUGUCUCUGGUGCAGAAAAUAUGUUUUAAUUAGUUUUUCCCCGACAGAUGUUACUGCGAUUUUCCGACGGCAGGUGUCCCCGAUCUGGGCCAAUUGUCCCCAAAGUCUGGGAUUGCUCACCCUCAUUAAUAUCACACAUCGUCAUAAUACAGUAAUGUGAAACAAUGAGAAAUUUACACCACUCGAAAAGUUUUGCCCUUGAGAAUUUGCUUUUUCUUCAGAGGGCGCUGUUCAUACUUCCAACGCCCACGUUAAGUAUUUAUUUUAUCAUUUAUUAUUUAAAUAGUGAUCCUUUGCUUAAUGUGAAAAAAAUGAUGUUGGAUAUAGUGUUUAUAAAAAAAAAAAAAAAAAACAUCUAAAAUUGACAUUGUCUGAUUCUAAACUAUCGGAGCUUCCUCCCUGAUCAAAUUUAAAUCAAAAUUCAUACUAAUAUAAGGUACUCUGUAUAAAGCAUGAUGAAUAUUUGCUCAACGAUAACAUUAUAUCAAGUCUUCAUAUCUUCUUUAAUCAUUAUUUACCCGAUAUUAUACAAAAAGUAGAAAAAUAAAAAAGAAAGUUAUAACAAUAUGUAGGCCUAUGUAGUGUUAAUAUGGGUGUUCAUUGUGUGAUGAUCAAAUAUGGUGAUACAACCUCUUUAUAGAGGUCAAUAUACAGUAUUAUAUAAAUGUAAUACCUAAUUAGGCGAAGGCGAUAUUUUCACCAGUCGUAAAAAAACAAUUUACACAGGUUGUUUGUGCAUGCCCAUUUAAAAUUACGUUUGUGAGAUUAUGGUUCGUAAAAUAAAGGCCCAGACUCAUAGUAACUUUAAAUAUAAUCUAUCCAGGGUUACUGGACAUGUGUAAACGAUUGGAUUGGUUUAAUUAUUAUUGUAUUGUAUGUAAACACAUUUGCAAUGAAGUGCGCCAUCUUCGCCCAUAUGUGAGAUUGUAUAACGUUAGUGGCGGGCUUCAAGUCAAAUUUUUUCCUUUAAUGAUAUAUAUUUUUAAAAUUAAUCAACAACUUUCUUUAGUAGAAUAUUUCUAUAUUUUUAUCAAUAAUAGUCACAGAUGGCAGUUUGUGCCGCUAAUCUUUUUUUUUUUUUUUUUUUUUUAACAGUAACCAUUUUCAUAAGUUUACCACGUCGUUGGGUUUUUAUCUUAUACAAGAUCAGGAGGAACACGCUGCUGAGACGUUUGUACCCGCUGUAGUGUGUUGGACAUUCUGGCUUGGACAUAAUUGUAAUGUAAAUACUGUAUGAAAUAAAUGUCUAUGUUUGCUAUGAA